CUGAGCUCACGGAGACAGCAUCUCAGAGACGGUGGCAGAGGGAGACAGUCGCAGACCCACCUGCCGGCUGCAGAGACUGCAAGCCUGGAAGAACAGCUGCAAGGAUGGGGAGAAGCGAUGCUGAUGGCGGAUGAAGUCCUUCGAUGGGAAAGAGCCCGGGUUCCACCUGCCCUCAUGGGUGCAGUUUCUUUGGUGUUUCUGAGUAUCUGCUAUCUAGACCCAUCUGUUCCGUUGGGCGUUUCCUGUUUCCUUAUGUUUUUGUGCUUGGCUGACUACCUCAUUCCCAUUCUGGCGCCUAGAGUUUUUGGCUCCAAUAAAUGGACGACUGAACAACAGCAAAGAUCCCAUGAAAUUUGCAGCCAUCUCGUAAAAACUCGACGCAGAGCUGUGGGUUGGUGGAAACGCCUCUUCACACGAAAGGAAGGAAAACCUAAGAUGUACUUCAUGACCGUGGUCGUUUCCCUUGCUGCGGUUGCUUGGGUGGGACAGCCGGUCCACAACCUGCUUCUUACCUACCUCAUAGCGACUUCCUUACUAUUGCUUCCUGGACUAAACCAACGUGGAAUCAUUUCGGAGUACACUGGAAUGGCCAAAAGGGAGAUAAACUUCUCAAACAAAAAGAAACGAAAAACGAAUAAUUCAUCUGCUUAUGCAGCGUGAUUAACGGAGCACCCAUUGCUCCUGGGAACCGCUUCUGCUGUGCUAUGUGGAUACUAAAAUGGUUCAGAAGUAGCUCUUCGCUCUCCCUCACUCCGCCCUUAGUUAACAGAAAUUGAAGCUCGCCAGGUAAGGCUUUGUGCAUAGUGUCUUCAUGUCGCAUAGUCGAGUGAGUUCUUAGCAGUCGGCCUCAUGAGUGACUCUGUUUCGAUUUUUCGCAGCCAGGGUUAAUGGAAUUCUUGCUUUUUCACAGCUUCCUUUUUAUAGUGGUGAACCUUGCCCUUUAGUGCAGUUCAAGUGACUCUGGAUAAUUGUUCCUCUUUGCUUUAGCUAGAUUCGGGGUAGUGGUCUGUGGCUACAGGAAGCUGCUUCUACUGUCUGCGUCCACAGUCUGCUUAAAAGACUGUCUGACUUCAUGAAUACAGAGACCAAGUUUACCACUUCUGAUGAAGAGACCGAGUACGAUUCACUCCUCAUUCUGUUCCUUUCCUGUGGGAAAAGAGUCCCAUGGAAUAAAAUGAAACUGAUUCCACGUGCUAGUACGUGUAGGUUUCUCCCUUGUGCAAAGCUUAGCUAUUUGCAGGAAACUUUGAUCUUUUUGUCCAUAAAAGAGGAAUGUCUGACAGGCUUAAGUUUUUGUCCCCUGGCACUUAGACUUGAAGUUAGUAAAUCCUUAAAGGCU